AUGGACCCCUUAGAGAGCCAUUUUUUGAAAAAGUUUCUCCUUGAGAAGCAAUUGCACAAUGAGUUGAGGUUGAUGUGGAAGGAUAUGCGAGCGGUUGACGAUACAGAUAAACUUCCGUUGCUCUCAUUUUUUUUCCAUGAAUAUGUAUCGACAUUCCCAUUCAUCACAAGCAAUACCGAAAAACAGCAGGAGCAGUUUUGGCAGGAUGUGUUUCAAUUUGUGGAAAACUUCAAUUCCAAAAGCUUUAGCACUUCAGACGAGAGAAACGGAGUGACAAAGAGGAGCCAGGCUAACAAGAAGCUUCUCGGUGGGUUGUUGGUGUUUUACAAUUCAGUCUUGAUCACAGGUAACGAGAUGGAAUAUCUUACUAAACCACACUUGAAAGCUUCCGACACUGCAAAGUUGGAAAAGUUUGACUUUCAAAAGAAAAAAAACAUAACUGUUGUCGGGAUGCAUCAGUAUGAUCGAAUGAAGUUUGUCAACGGUGUGUAUAUCAACAUUGUCGCAUUGAGAAGAGUCGAAGGUGAGCAAUCUUGGUUUUUUGCAGCAACACAUCACUAUGAUUUUGUAAUACAAGUUGUGCUAAAGGAAGGGCCGAAGUCAAGUUUUGUUUGCAAAAGUUACCAGCAGUUGAGUCAGUUGGAGCACGAUUUGAAAAAGGAAUUACCGGGAGUGAUGCUGACGUUGCACACCAAACUACCACACAAGGCAAAAGACAACGAAAACAGCAUAGAAACGAGUAGAAUGGCCACCCGGAGCUGGCUCAGGAAAUUGGCCAGCAAGCCCGAGGUGGCGGCAUCAACCAUAUUCAAAACAUUCCUAACAAGUGACAAAACCACUAUGACACCCGAAGAUCAAGAGGACUACAAGCACAGAAUCAGCCACGAAAUGGACAUCUUGAAAACGCAGGUUGAAUUUCAAGAUGAAACUGCAAAAGUGAUGCAAGAUUUGACGCAAAACUUUGAAAACUUUAAACAAUCAGUCACCAGAGAAGAUGAUGCGGUAAUGGGCCUAUUCAACGAAAUCGGUUCCAUAGACAGCAUCAAAAACGCUUCUCCACUUUUGAAAACAUUCAAUGACUGGUGUAAGCUACAACUUGCAGCCGUGGUUUACCAAACAUUCCUCGGCCUGGACGACUCCCACGCAAUUUUGAAAAAGACGAAAAAGUUUCAUCGAAUGUUUCCCUACAGCCUUGUGUAUGCCAUUUUGCGCUUCACAAACCCAAUGAAGAUGGUUUCUCGAGUUAUUGAUUUGCUAUUUGUGAAUAUUCCAAGAUUACCCACGUGGAAUAGCCAACUUGCCGAAGAUUCAAAAAACUCGGGAGCCAGAAACUUGUUUUCCUUGAUUCUCAUCAUGUUGUUGAAUGAGGAUUUGAAUGGGUUUGAAAAGGAGUUGCACACGUUGAGGGAAAAGUUGACUGGGUACGAACUUUAUAUGGAGAGAAUCGACAACUACGUCAACUUACCGCCCGCGGAAAUGGAGCAAAUCAAACUAGGUGGUGACAACUUGGUGUUAACAACAUUAUCCACAAACUUGUUACAACCGCCAGCUGAUGACAGGGUAGAAGAUAUAGUGGCCUCUUUCAAUGGAAAAGACACAACAUUGUACCUCAACUUGAAGCAAUAUUGGCUUUUGAAAAUCCGAUCGCGUGACAAACUUCUUUUCAAAGAGUUGUGGAGACAACCAGAGCUCAUAAACCUAAUCAAAAGCACAGUGGACUAUUUUUACUCCCCUUUGAUCAGAGUAUUUGCCAAAGCGAAAGUUCACAUUGCCUUUUCAGCGCUAGAGGGAUUAAACAGCGAGAUGUUAAAAACCCUUUCUUCAAUACAACGCAGCGACCACUUGAACUCCACCGAAAUUUACCAAAGAAUCAAAACGGUUUUGGACAAUCACGAAGAGGUUAUUUGGAAUUUCAUUCGGGAUGUCUAUGUCAACGAUGAUGAAAAAAUCUUUUACAGGCUAAUCGUUUGGAUCGAGAGGUUUCUCACCUUGGUCAGAUUGAAAUUUGAAAACCAACAAGCGGUUACGCUAGAUAUCAAGGUGGACAACGUCACUCCAUUGUUUAAACAGCAAUUGCAUGCUAAAAUAGAGGCCACGUUGGCCAAAAGAAAACUAUUCAAGGAAUACUUGGAAGCAAAGAAUCAACAGCAAGAUGAGUUGGCAAAAGAUUGGGAGAAAAUGAACAACGGAUUGCUAGGAGAUACAACUGCUGAUGAUUUUGGUAUAAAGAGCGAGGACAUCCAGGAUAUCAACAAUGUAACAUUGGAGGAAAACAUCCUUGAAGUUGGACAAGAUAGAUAUAAGCAACGAAGUGAAAACAACACUACAAAGAAUUAG